CGCAGUGCCGAGUGCAACCUCCUCUCAUGCGUUGGUUGUUACUCCAGCUGCCGGGCCCUCGCGAGGGUGAUGGAUUUUGAGAAUCUUUUCUCCAAACCCCCCAAUCCGGCUCUGGGUAAAAAACCGACCGCGGACUUUGAUGAAAGAAUCGAUGAUGGAAUAGAUGAUACAGAAGUUGAAGAAACACAAGAAGAGAAAAUAAAAUGGGAAGUAAAACUGGAAUGUGAACGAAUACCCAAAAAAUUUAAGCACUUUGGGAACUCUACAACAUCACCAAAGAAUUUGCAAUAUAGAAAAUCAAGAAGUAAGGACUACGAUGUGUAUAGUGAUAAUGAUAUCUGCAGUCAGGAAUCAGAAGAUAAUUUUGCUAAAGAGCUUCAGCAGUAUAUACAAGCUAAAGAGAUGGCAAAUGCUGCUCAAUCCUUACCAUGUUCUGAAGAAUCAAGGAAGAAAGAAGGAGUGAAGGAUACCCAGAAAGCUGUUAAACAAAAAAACAAAAACCUUAAAGCUGUUCAGAAAAAUGGUAAACAGAAGAAAAUGAAGCGAAAAUGGGCUGGUGCUGGACAGAAAGGAUCAAACAUCUCACUGCGGAGCAGUGGCUCACUGGAAAAGGAUGAUAAACCUAAAGAGAAGCAGCAGCAUGUGAGAAUGAGUCAGGGAUUCAUCAACCAACAUACGGUGGAACGCAAGGGGAAACAAAUUUGUAAAUAUUUUCUUGAGCGGAAAUGUAUUAAGGGAGACCAGUGUAAAUUUGACCAUGAUGCAGAGAUAGAGAAGAAAAAGGAAAUGUGUAAAUUUUAUGUACAAGGAUAUUGUACCAGAGGUGAAAACUGUCUGUAUUUGCAUAAUGAAUAUCCUUGCAAGUUUUACCAUACAGGAACAAAAUGUUAUCAGGGUGAAUAUUGCAAGUUUUCACAUUCUCCACUGACUCCUGAAACACAGGAAUUGUUGGCUAAAGUUUUGGAUACUGAAAAGAAAUCAUCAUGAAAAUAAAAGGCAUAAAAAGAUGAAUGAAGUGAUCCCAUUACUUCAAGGAAAAUAAUUGAAAAUAUUUGUUAUCAAUCGUAAAAUUCUGGCUUUUGAGCAAAAAAUUACAAUUUUGGAACAUUUGAUCUGCUUCUGUAUGCUUGAAAGCUUUCCUAUACUUUUUGGUAAGAUUGGUUGGUGAUCUUAAAGACUGGUGAUAUUUUAAGAUGUGUUUUAAAUAAUGUACAAUUCAAACAUUUGAGAGGUGUGCAUAAAUUAAUAAGCUAAUAUUUUCCAAAUAAGUAAGGAAUGAUGUUACAAAGUUAUGCAUGAGUUAAACAUCCAUCCAACCUAUAAUAUAGAUUAAUGGGUUUUAAUAUAACAGUACAAAAAGUUCCUUCUUGUGGUUUCAUAUUUUAUAUUGCAACUGGAAAUUUAAUUGCAUUUGCUUUUAGUAUUUAUUUGCCCACCAUUUCAUUUUUUAGUUUGUCUAAGUUUUAACCUUUCUUAUAUGUAGUAUAUAGUUGGGAUUUGUUUUAUGAGCCAAACAUAAAAUCCUUUCCUACUUUUGAUAGUGAAUUAUAAGCCCAUUCACAUUUAUUGAAAUGACUGAAUGUUUAGGUUAGCUUCUGUCAUUUUAUAUUAUAGUUACCACAUAAAUUAUGUUAAAAUAUGUUUUCCCUCUAUGAUGCAUUUUUUGUUCUUUUAUAAAUUUUGCUUUCUUCCUCUUUUUAUUCUUUCUGUUCUUUUAACACUUUUUUUUAAAAGAUUUUAUUUAUUCAUGAGAGAGAGAGAGGCAGAGACAUAGGCAGAGAGAGAAGCAGGCUCCAUGCAAGGAGCCUGACAUGGGAUUUGAUCCCAGGACCCCACUAUCACGACCUGAGCCAAAGGCACAUGCUCAACCACUGAGCUACCCAGGCGUCCCUCCUUUUCCACUUUUAUCCAAUAACUCUUAUUAAAUUUCCAUUAAAAUUUCUCCUAUUCUGUCUUAGAGUCUACAUUUUUGACAUGAUCUCUUUUUUGUAUCAUUUUUGAGAUCAGCCAACUCUUGUUUCAUUACUUGUAUUCUUUUGUUCAGUUUUUUUUUUUUUUUAAGAUUUUAUUUAUUCAGAGAGAGAGAGAGAGAGGCAGAGACACUGGCAGAGGGAGAAGCAGGCUCCAUUCAGGGAGCCUGACAUGGGACUUGAUGCCAGGUCUCCAGGAUCAUGCCCUGGGCUGAAGGCGGCACUAAACCGCUGAGCCCCCUGGUCUGCCCUUUGGUUCAGUUUUUGUCUUAGGUUUUGAAUUUCAAAAUCAGGUGUUUUUUUCAUAUUCCUAAACAGAGAUAUUUAAUUCAGUUUGGAUUUCUGUGUUACAGUUCUCUGCUGGUGCAUGGUUUUUUUUGAGGGAAGGGAGUAGGGGUGGCUAAGUUGGUAAUCUUCACUAGCUGAUGUGUUUUUGUUGUUUUUUUCUGUAGUUUUAUAUAGAUGAAGAGUACUUAUGACUACGCCCGUUCAAGACUUGGAGUGGUUUACAAGCGUCCUCAUUUAAAGCGCCCUCUUGUGUCGUUAUCAUGUUGUGCAUCUUCUUUAAUGGAUGAUGCAGAUGGGACAGAAUCUAGUGUAGAAGUGAGGGGAUUAGUCUUCACCAAGCUGUUUCAGCCAGUGGAACAGGAGAGGAGCAUACAUGGCAGAGAUGCUGGCUGGUAGGCAGAUGUUGUGGUAGUAAAUUGUAUAAGUCUUUUCUGAUUGAGUUUUGUCAAUAAAAUAGGAAGCAAGAUUAGGCUGAGUGAGGAUGAAGAGAUCUAGGAGAUCGAAGAGAGAAAACUGUUAGGUUUCUCUAAGAAGACAUUGGGAUAAUAGGUAGAUGACUAUAUGGUUAGAUCUUUUCAUGUCAUUAAAUACAUUUGCAACAUAUUUUUAAUGGUUGCUCACAGUUUUGUUUUAUGGCUUAAAUUAUGGAUUUAUGAUAUUUUUUAAAAAACCACUUUCUUGUUGCUUCCAAUUUCUUACUAUUGUAAAUAAAAUGGAACAAUGUCUCUUGCUAUACCAUUCCUACACUUGGAGUUCUUAACUUUUUUGUUGUCAAGAUAUGGAAAUGGUUAUCUUUCUCAUUGGUUCAUAAACUAGUGAGAUUGUACACUUGUGUAAAAUGUAAAUUUUAGAAGUGUGAUGAUAUCUUUAAUAGUCAAAGGCAAAAUUCUCCAACCACAAUCAUGAGGUUCUAAAUAUGUACUUUUAUAUAGUGGUACUAAUUAUUAUUAGAAUAAUACUGUGAGACUGAAACUGUCAUUAUCAUAUUGUUGUAUUGCUGGGAAAACUAAUAGCAUCACUAACUUGCUGUAUACACAGAGUAUAUACCAAAGGUAGUGAAUUCUUAGCCAAGUCCAUUUGAAAAUAUGAGUCAGUUAUUUUGCUUGUAACCUAGUCCUGCUAAAGCAAGAAAGGGAAUUGCACGUACUUCAAGCAAAGGUUUAUCAGACAAGACCUAGGAAAGAAAGAAAUCAGGAUAGACUCCUGAUGCCCUUAGCAUCUCUUCAUGCCCCAUUGCUGUCUCCUAGGUUGAUUGGUUCAUUUCCUGGUGGUGGCUAGGGUGGAGGGCAAGACAGUGCACUAAAAGCUGCUAUUGGUGGAAGACACAGAGGAGAGAGGUUGAGUUGAUACUUCAGAAGUAUCCGUUAAAAAAGUCUUUAAUAAUUUAAUGAAAUUGUGCAAAGGAGUAAUUAUAUUACUAGAAUUGAUACUUUGUAAUUAUAUUACUAGAAUUGAUACUUUGUAUCUUUUAAACAUCACAGAACUCAAAGGAUUUCCAGAUCCUGUCAUACAUAGCUCACCAUUCUAGAAGGUCAGUUUUAUAGCAAACCUAUAUGUAAGCUAACAUUGGUCAGCAAUAAGCAACACUAGUGCACACUUACCUUCUGUGGGCACAAUGCUUUUUUAAUACUGUUUAACUUUCUUGUAUAAGCCAUAUUACUCUGUGAGGUGGAUAAUGGGAUCAAUGGCAUAGAAAAGGGAAUAAAUAAGAACAUUUACCUUCUAUUUUUUCUGUUUCCAUGAACCUUAAAAAGUCUUAUAUUUAAUCUUCUAUGACAGUCUACAGUUUAUUUCCUUAUAAUGUUAUCUCACAUAUACUUUAAUACUGAUGAGGUAUAAAUUUUUACCCAUAAAGUUCAUGUAUAAGAAAAAAAUAAGUUUAUAUUCUAAGUGGCAGGACUCAUCAUCUCACUUGUAAACUUAGAAGACCAAGCAGAGGUUUGAGGGGCUGAGAAGUCAGAGAAGUUAAAAAAAAAAAAAAAAAAAAAAAAAAACUCUUCCUUUACUUCUAUUUUAUUUUAUUUAUUUUUUUUAAUUUUUAUUUAUUUUUUUAUUUAUGAUAGUCAACAACUUCUAUUUUAAAGAGGCAGACAUAUUUGUGUUCGUGAACUCUCUUAACUUCUGGUAAAUCAAGUUGAGGAGAGACCCCUUCACACCUAAAGCAGCCAUUAGGCUGUGGGUGUCUUCUAUCUGGGUGGUUAUUGCACCCUCUUUCACACUUUCUGACCUUUCUGCUCUCUAGCUCACUCUCUUUUCCUCAGUUAGAGCCCAUUUCCUAGUGUCCUGCUUCAGCCAUGUCCCCACCCCGAGCAGUACUCAGAUCAAGACCCAUUUGUUCACCAGGUCUUCAGUGCCCUAUGGUAUGGCCAUCUCAGCUGUAUCCGUUUAGUUCCUGCCAUCAUGUGCUCCUCGCUUCUCUUCUGGUUUCCUCCUGUGAGGUAAAUAUCCCUGACCCUUGAUGCGGCUCAGGCAGGUACCUGAGUACUAAAACCAUAAUUGGUCAGAAAAAAUUCUGGACCAGAACUAUAAGACCGUUGUGAUAGGAAAGUCUACGUGGAUUUCUGCAUCAUUUAGCCAGCACAGCGAUCUUGGCUAUGUUAAAGUUAUCUCUAUAGUUGGCUUUUUUUUAGAGCCAAAACAAAAAUGACAAACUGGCUAUCUAACCUCUCAUUACCAGAAUGGAGGUGGGAUAUAAAACCUCACCUCUCCUAAUAAUUCAUGCAAACAGUUCUUACGUGGGUCUACUUCAUGAGUAGAAUGAACAUAGUUGUAAUUUCUAAGAUUCUGUGUGACAGGUUUCCUAUAACUUUUUUUGUGGUCAGUUACUAAAAGCCACAAGACAGUAAAACUCUUUUUUUUUUUCAGUUGGUAAGAUAAUAGAAGUCGAGUGUACAGUCUUUUAGUGUUUCAUCUUGAUCUGGUUGUAGAACUUAAGGAAUUCGGCCCCAGAGAUGUUAAAUGACUUGUCCUUUGUCUUAAUAGGCUUCUUGACUACCAGCACAAGUGUGUUAAUUCACUGACUGGUUUUGAUAACCAUCAUGCAGUGAUGCAUGUCUGUUUGAUAAGCAUAACCAUUGGAGGGUUACUUUCAAAGAUUUCUUUUGAGCUAUUGCUUGUUGAGGUCAAAAUACUAUGAUAUGAUGAUCUGGCCUGAGGAAUAUGGGGUUCAUACUGCCAAUUAGAAGCACAAAUGCCACAUUUGGGAUUUAGUGAGAUUAGAAUAUCUCAGGUUAAACACCUGCUGAAUGCUAGGAUCAUACAUAGGAAAUCCUUUUUAAUACCUGUUACAGUCCUAUAAUAGGGAGUAUUAUAGCAAUAGUGAUUGCUAUUGCUAUUUACAGAUAAGAAAACCAUGUUUGUAAGAAGACAUUACCUGGCCUGAGUCUCCAUAGCUUAUAUGCUUAGUUGCAUACCAUUACACGUUUUCUCCCUUUCCUAACAAAAUUUCAGUUUUGCUUAGGUGUCCUUCUUUCCUCCAUAAUACCAUCUGUGCUUUGUAGAUGGUGGGCUCUGGCUUCAACCCUUAGGGUUGUAUCAACAAGGAUCUAAAGUUGUGGUUCCCAACCUUGGCUUCAAAUUUUAAUCUUUCUAAAGAGAAACUUAAACAGUGAUGCCUGGAGCCUGCUCCCAGAAACUCUUGAUUUUUUUUGGCAGAGGGCAGGGUACAGGGACGCCUGGGGUGUGGACAUGAGAUUUUUGGUAGCUCCCAGGUGAUUGUAAAGCAUAGCCAAAGUUGAAAACCACUGGUCUCAACAACUAGGAAGUUCCAUUCUUGCCAAUAGCUGGUUUGGGCUUGAACUAUAAAUACAUGUCCUCUGGUACACUUCUGGGAGAGUUAACAUCUCUUAAGAUACACAGGAGGUUAGACAUUGCCAUGUCUAAAUAUGACACCAAGAACUGAUGUUGCUGUCUUAUGACCUCAAGGGGAACUAGCUAACCAGCCAAAGUGACAGCGAAGGAAGUUGGGAAGAAGCUGGGUCCUUGAUGACAACUGAGCCAUGGACUUCACCAGCCUUGCAAGAUAUCAACCUACAGAUUUCGUUAUACCACAUGAAUAACCUAUUUUCUUUACUCUUUAAACCAUUUUGAUUUGAGUUCCCUGUUACCUACAGCCAAAGGCAAGCUAGUAAAUGUGAGCCAAGAAUCAAACCUCCAUUUGUCUGCAAAAGUUCACGUUUCUCUCCUGACCACCUUCUUCACCAAAGACUGUUUUCAAUCUCUGCUCCUGUGGACAAUACAGAGUAAGAAACAGGUGUUAGAGAGGAGGAAACGUGACAGUGGGCAGGGCUGUGUUCCCUCCCAGCAUGGAACAGAAACUGGGGAGGAAUAAAUAUAUUUAAAGGAGAAAAUGUACAUGUUAGGUCAGGAGGGAUAAGAUGCCCAACUCACCUCAAAGUGGCGUCGAUUCCUGUGAAAUUUGUAACACUUUUCACAUUAUUUAAAAAUAACAUAAGAAAAUAGUAGACGUAUUUUUCGUUGCUAUGUGUCAUUCUGAGAUAUGUCUUUAUUUUCGUAGUUAACAUCUCUGCAAUUGGAAUUUUACAGUUGAUGGAAUAUCACAUUUUACUCAGCAGGUUAUUUUUUCUUACUGGUACAUAAUAAAGGGUAGAUCUUGCCAAGAAGUUAGUGACGUUUAGAUUUGAAUGUAAUUUUUUAACUGAACUUAUAUAUGUAUAUAGUCAAACGUUUAAUAUAAAAUAAACUUCUGAAAUUUAUUUUGGAUUAAUAAAUUAUGAAAACAUAAAAAGGUUUCUUAAAUGAA